UUUUCUGUUGUUGCUCAAAAAAAUUUAAUAAUAAUAAAUCACCAAACGGUUACAAUGCCACCGAAAAAAGAUUUAAACACGUCGAUAAGCGCGGGUGCACAGAAAGAUACCCGCACUAGCAAUAAUAAUGCUUUUGCCAACGAAUUUCAUCAUCGCACCACCACCACAGCAGCAGCUAGUGCGGCAGCAGCAGCAAUUAACGCAGCAGAUCUCGUCGCAGACAGUCGCCAUCAAAUUUACUUGGCCAAUGCUAAACUUUGUCGUUUGGUGCAACGCUGCCCAUGGAUGUAUGAUCGUAGCCACAGCGAUUAUGCGAGAAAGCACAUCCUCGAGAAGUCCUGGGCGAAAAUAGCCAAGGAAUGCAAUGAUACAGUUGCUUCAUGUAAGGAACGCUGGCGUAAUAUACGUGCAGCAUUUGCUCGAUCUGUAAAUAUUUACAAAACGUAUAGUGGUCCGAAUCGGGUAAAGCCUUACUACUUAUAUGAAGAGUUACGCUUUUUAUUGAAACCCAUGACUGAAGGGGGUAUUAAAGGAAGAGUAAUGUUACAUAUAGAGAAUGAAGAGGCGGAUGAUAUUGCACCAAAUGAUGUUGAAGUGGAACUAACAGAGGAUCCAGAAGAUUGUGUAACAUUGUUAUAUGAAGACAAUGACAGUUCAAAUCCCAUGGCCCAGGUUAAAAUUGAUUCAGAUAUGGAAUAUGAUUUAUUAGAAAAUAUUUCAACUGAACAUAUGGGCAUAGACUUACAAGGUAUAACUAAUACUGCUCAACAGAAUAAUAAUCAAGUAGCAGCUAAAAGUAAUGAACGCGUAUUACCAGCCAGAAAGCGUAAACGUUCUAUUGAAGAGCAACUCCAACAUUCCGGUAGCGAAUUGAAAAUGAGUAAAUCAGAUGAUAGUUGGUCAUUACCUGUCGCCGAUGUAGAUGUAAAAUUUCUCGACACCCUACUACCAGAUAUGAAGAUCAUGAAUGCACGUCAAAAAAUUAUAUUUAAACGCAAAAUCUAUCAAUCAUUGGAGGAAGUAUUUGAUGCGAAUUCAGAUUUUCCAAAUAUUAAUUAUGCAACUCGACCAAAUAGUAAUUUUCAGGAGACUUUGAAUAAUAUAAGGAAGUUGAGCGAAACUGAUCUACAGCAAGUAAAUGCCUUCAUUAAAAAUACUUUUCAAACUAAUUUUGACAAUAGAGAUAAUGUAAGACGUGUUGGCAAUGCUACCUCGUUAACGUCAUCAGGGACCUCUUUUGUGCAAAUCGGAAAUUCCAUGCGUAACAUCCAUUUGGGUAGUGUUAUACCAACUACUAUUAAAGAAGAAGCUCAUGAUAAUAUUUAAUUUAAAAUUAAGUCAUUAUGUAGAUAUUUCUAGUUUAUUAUAAAAAUGUUAAAUAUUAGAAUUAGCAAAUAUCACGAUGUACCUAAUUGGUUAUAGUAAUUAAAACCAGUAGUAAUUAUUAGUACUUUAGCCUGGAAGGGCAAACACAGGUUAAGUAGACAUAAUUAAACUGUGCUGAGAGUAGUAGUACUUAACAAAUAUUUCAUAAUCGUAUAAGAUUCUAAAUAUUUUUUUUUUAUACUAAAAGUAAUUAUAUUAGCACAUGAAUAUGUGCAACAAGUCAGGACGUAUGAUUUCCUUCUAUAUUUUAUUUUUUUU